AAUCCGUCCCGCCCCUUCUCUGUCAAGUUAGCAGUCGGACCCGGGACUUAAAGCCUUUCCUUCCGCUCAGACGCCUUUCCGCAAGCAAGACUCUGUGGCGGGAACGGCGGCGCCCCGCUCCAGCGUUUGCCGGCCUGGCCCCGGGAUGGCUCCCAAACUCUCAGACUCCGUGCAGGGGCUCCGCGCCGCCGGCAACCAGAGCUUCCGCAACGGCCAGUUCGGCGAGGCCGCCGCGCUCUACAGCCGUGCGCUGCAGCUGAUGCAGGCGCAAGGUUCUUCGGACCUCGAAGAAGAAAGUGUUCUCUACUCCAACCGAGCAGCAUGCUACUUGAAGGAUGGAAACUGCAGAGACUGCAUCAAAGAUUGCACUUCCGCGCUGGCCUUAGUUCCCUUCAGCAUGAAACCCUUACUGCGACGAGCAUCAGCCUACGAGGCUCUGGAGAAGUAUCCCCUGGCCUACGUUGACUACAAGACCGUGCUGCAGAUCGAUGACAGUGUGAAGGCAGCCUUGGAAGGCAUCAACAGCUGGAAGCCUCCGGGUUAUCCUGCCUGCUUUUCCAGGAUGACCGGAGCCCUCAUGGACUCACUUGGGCCUGAGUGGCGCCUGAAGCUGCCCUCGAUCCCCUUGGUGCCUGUUUCAGCUCAGAAGAGGUGGGAUUCCUUGCCUUCGGAAAACCGUAAAGAGAAAGCUAAAAGCAAAUCCAAAGAAACCACAACUGCAAAGAACAAAGUGCCUUCUGCUGGGGAUGUGGAGAGAGCCAGAGUUCUGAAGGAAGAAGGCAAUGAGCUUGUAAAGAAGGGAAACCAUAAGAAAGCUAUUGAGAAGUACAGUGAAAGCCUCUCGUUUAGUAACCUGGAAUCCGCCACGUACAGCAACAGAGCGCUUUGCUAUUUGGUCCUGAAGCAGUACAAGGAAGCAGUGAAGGACUGCACAGAAGCCCUCAAGCUGGAUGGGAAGAACGUGAAGGCAUUUUACAGACGGGCUCAAGCCUACAAGGCACUCAAGGACUAUAAAUCCAGCUUUGCAGACAUCAGCUCCCUCCUGCAAAUUGAACCCAGGAACGGCCCUGCACAGAAGUUGAAGCAGGAAGUUAACCAGAAGUUAAACUAAAAACCCGAAAGGGUGGCAGGAAACCUCUGCCAGACGACCUUCCUCUGUGCCUGCUCCUGGGACCCCAGAUGCCCCAGACUGAGCUCGACGUUCCCUCCUCUGCCCCUCAGAGGUGACUGCCUCCCACCCCUUAAGAGGCUUUGUUUGUUCAGAGUAAGCGCAGUGUAGCCAAAACCAGACAUUGUUUGCAGGCAAGGUCCCCUGCUAGAGCCGAAGCCCUGUCCUCCAUCCCCUCUCUCGGACAGCUAGUGGACCACACACACAGGCAAGCUCAAGACAGUGUCGCUCUUCGAGCUUCACCAGACUCCUCACUGUCGUUCAUCUGAGCAAACCGAGCUGGGGGUGGGAGCAGGUGGGCCACAGGACCAGAACACUCUGGCCCACCUACACCCAAAGCAGCCUGUUGAGCUGGUUCUCCAGGGCUGCCAUCCCUGCCCCGUCCUUGGCAUAAUCCCCUGUGUUUUGAGCUCCAGCCCCGCUUUGGGAUGCAGAACCCUGACCCUGGAUGGCUUUGUCUGGCUCUGUGUUGCCUCCUGCGUGGAUGUUGGGGCCUAACCUGUUUCAAGAGCCCAGAGGUGUGGUCACUCCUCCUGAAGCUGGGGUGGGGAGAAAGGUUGCCUUGAAGUCAGUGUCCUUCUGUUCUGGGCAGGGACUUGCCUUUUGACCCCAACAGUGGCCCCCUCCAGGCUUCUUAGGUUUUUUUGUUACACAAAGUUAAUUUGAACUGAACUGACUCCAAUAUUGUUAACUGUGUUUGAUUGCAUUAAACAUCUUCUACAUAAA